AUGACCCGCAUCCUGUGCUUGCACGGCUGGCGCACCAACUCGGCCUUCCUGGAGAGGCAGAUGGCGCAGCUGAAGGCGAAGCUGGGAGGAGCGGUGGAGUUUUCCUUCAUGGAAGGGCCCAUCUCCGGCAUGCUUGCUGCAGAUGACGACGUAGAGCAGGAGUGCAUGCCUCCCUACUUCCAGUGGUGGGAACCAUUGGAUGGCCUGGCUGGACAGCGCAGUGCUGUGCAACACGUAGCAGACCACAUCCGUGCGCAUGGGCCAUUCGAUGCUUUACUUGGCUUUUCGGAGGGUGCCGCUUGCGCCUCCGCUUUCGUGGCAGCCCUUCAUGCUGCAGGGCGGGGCAAUGCAGAGGCUCGGCAGGAGUUGAAGGCAGAGCUUGCAGAUGUGAUACCGCCACGACUCGUCAUUUGUGUGUGUGGCAUACCACCAGAUGAAUUCCGGCCUGGGUGCUUUUGCCUUGGCCGCGGCAGCAGCAGCAAGGUUCAACGUCAAGUGCCUGUUGCCUCGAUCCAUGUGAUUGGCGACAGUGACAGCGACCGUCGUGGCAGUGAGGAGUUGGCCAAGGAAUGGUACGGUGCAACUUCACAACAGGCCAAUGCGGCCGCAGGUGUGAUUCUGCGUCACCCUCACGGCCACAGAUUCCCUCUCGACUGCCGCCCACUUGCAGAUGCCAUUCGAGAAGCCAUCAGCAAGGACAUCGGGCCAAAGGCGAACAAAACGGCUGCACAUACCAGCGUGUCAGUGGAGCAUUGCACGCUUCCCGACCCGAGCCGUCUAGCUGUUGCCGGAUGCUAA